AUGUCGAGCAGUAAAGCAGUUACUCCGGAUAGCGCAGUGAUAUAUGACCACGAGACGCUGAACAGUGGAGAUGGAUACAAUACAGAGACCGGACUUUACACCGUCCCGGAGUCAGGCCUCUGCGUCCUCACAUGGACCACGAUUUGUGAAAUAAAUGACGCAUUCCAGACUGUGCUUGUUGUGGAUGAAGCUGUUAGAGGAUCAUCAUGGACAGAUGCAAACAAGACCGUCGAAUACCACCAAACUACAGCUGUCGUUGUCUUCACACUGAACCCGGGAGAUCAUGUCUUUAUCCGUAUGGGACAUGCGUAUGGACACGGGAGGAUAGUGAGUCAAAGCUAUAUCGGGAUAUCAACCAUCUCAGGAUGGAAGCUUGACUAA